AUGCCGAUUCGCUCGCUCUGCUCUUGGGCUGGCGCCUCGUCCUUCGCCUGCCUUCCUCCUCCUCCUCCUCCUCCUCUUGCGCCUUCUUCCCCUGGUGGCCGCCGCCAUGUCGCCGGUGCGGGCGCUAUUGGCGCUGCUGGCCGCGCUCUCGGCCCCGGCGGCCGGGUACUUCGUCAGUAUCGACGCUCACGCCGAGGAAUGUUUCCUGGAGCGGGUCCCCUCCGGGACCAAGAUGGGACUCAUCUUCGAAGUAGCCGAAGGGGGCUUCCUGGACAUCGACGUGGAGAUAACGGGUCCUGACAACAAGGGCAUCUACAAAGGAGACCGAGAGUCCAGUGGGAAGUAUACCUUUGCUGCUCACAUGGAUGGGACGUAUAAAUUUUGCUUCAGCAACAGAAUGUCCACCAUGACUCCAAAGAUAGUGAUGUUCACUAUUGACAUUGGCGAAGCUCCAAAGGGGCAAGAUAUGGAGACAGAAGGUGGUGGCGAUACCUGGGAUGCUCAUCAGAACAAGCUAGAAGAAAUGAUUAAUGAAUUAGCAGUGGCCAUGACAGCUGUCAAGCAUGAACAGGAGUACAUGGAAGUUCGUGAAAGGAUACACCGAGCAAUUAAUGACAACACAAAUAGCAGAGUGGUCCUCUGGUCGUUCUUUGAAGCUCUUGUAUUAGUUGCCAUGACAUUGGGACAAAUCUACUAUCUGAAGAGGUUUUUUGAAGUCCGGAGAGUUGUUUAAUCAAAUUCUCCCCCCUUAUUCUCCAGCGGUCCCAGAUUCUCCAUUCGCCGUCUACCAAACAACUUGGUUGCAAAGAUCACUUAGUUUAUUUUACCCUUGUGUUUUCAAUGAUAACAUUUGUUUUAAGUUUCUUCUUAGUUGAAUUUUUUUUAUAUAUAUAUACAUACACACACACAUAGAUAAUUCUCUCUAGGAGAAUAAUGUGCUGAGAGUUGUUAAUUCAAAUCGGCAGACUUUGUUUCUCACGAGCCAAAGUGAGUUUAACCAAAAUGGCAAAACUUAGUUUUAAAACAGUACUAUCUCCUUCAGUUCUUCCUUGAGUCUCUUCUCUUCCUACCCCUCCCCUUUUGAGUAAGAAAAUAUUGUUUGUGUCUAGGGGAAAUGGUACAGUGCCCUAAAAGAGGCUUUUUCGUAUAUUGUUAAACCUGUGGAGAGAUUCUUAACUAUCAAAGGAGUUCCUCUCUGUACAUGGGAGAGGAAUCGUGGGCAUACACCAGUCUUGGCAGUAUGUCCAAGAAAGUACACCAGUAUGCCAAGAAAGUACUGGACACGUUCCUGUUCAGUUAUACUGGAGCAAGCUAGCAGUCCUGUUGAGCUAUCAUUAGAUGGCUUCUGUAAUAUCUCAAUUACUUUAAUGUUAAGUACACUGGGUGGUUUCCUGCAGUUCUUGUGAAUUAGAGAUGAAAAUGCAACACUUCUCUUAAGAGGUAGCCAUGUGGCAUUGCUGUGCAAACCUGUGAACAGGCAGCCAAUUACGGGAACUUGGUUAAAUGUAUUUUUUCCCCUUUUUUGCUUAUGGCUCCAAAGCUCCUCCUGUGUUUAGCGCUAUUCUAGUACUAGUGUUCAGGAUGCUGGUUCCUGAUGCCAAAGGGUUAACUGUUGGAGGGGCCUGAGGUUAUUGUCACGCUAUGCAGCCCAUGUAAUAAAAGAGCAGCAGCGCUGUUGCUGGGUGAUCCUAACAACACCAGGAUGGUAACCACCUUUUCUGUGAGGGAGACUUGUGUGCCUUUUAUGUGGCAGAGGAAAAUGAAAUGGGUGCUGUUUUUCCCUGUCAGUGAAUCUUCCCAAGAGGCCCCUGUGCAUUUAAUAGCAAUACAGUAAAGAAACUGAGCCCAUACGGCUCCCUACAACUUGGGGAUGCAAACUUGCACCUAUUGAGUUUCUCUUUGUUGAACUGCUGUUAGAGACACAGGAACCUCUGCCAAGAAAGGAGUUGGCACCUCCAAUUAGGACAUGUUGAAGUACCAAUGUAUUUUGCGCUUUCUCUCUUCAAUCACACAUUGAAUUCAGUUUUUGUACAAACUAUUUUUCUUCUUGCUAUCUGGAUGAUGGGUUUAAAAAUUGCCGCAUCUGUCUACAGGAGCGGAUGCUGAUCCAAGAUUAUGUUGUGGCUAAUGUAUAUUGGACUGAUGUAUAUUGGUUGUAAUUUUGGGGACGGGUGGGAGUGGGUUCUUUUCAACUGCGGGGGUGGGGAGGGAAUGCUAAAGAGUUUUGUACCAAAUUUAAUUUAAUUAAAAUUUGUUACAAGUUUUCAUGGUUCAAGUAAUCUUUUUCAGCCUUAGGUGGUCGCCUAACAGCCGUUCUUCAAAUGGGUGUCCAGCCCCAUCUCAGUGCAGCUGUUGUAUGCCAACUCUGUAUAGGAGACAAAAGUUGAAUUCAGAUUAGAAGAUGUACAUUUAAAAGUGCUUGAAAUAUUGCCAGAUUCGAUAAAUAAACACAUUCUUUUAAAAAAGAGA